CGAAACUUCACCCAACUGAUCCAAGAUCUUCGUACACCGGUCGAAACAGUCGAUCACUUCAUGAAUCCCACUCGCCGUCAACUUCUCCUCGCGCGGAAAGUGCAACAACGCGUUGACAUGCCGUUUCUUAUUGAGAUACUUGUUGGAGAACCGUUUGACAAGAGUAUCCCACGCAAUCUCAUAGUUGAUCGCGCUCAACUGGAGAUUCUCGAUUUUUCUCUCAGCCUCUUCAACCACGCAUGACCGCAAAUAGUGGAACUUUUGAAUGGUCUUUAAAUCCGGGUUGUCAUGCACAGAAAAAAAUAUUUCUGUAAAUUUACAUUAUUUAUCAUGUACCAAAAGGUAUCAUGAUAAAUGAUGUAUAUUUCCAUUAGGUCCAUUGGAAAUUUACAUUAGAUUCAUUGGAAAUUUACAUUAGUUUUGAAAAUUUACAUUAGUUUUGGAAUUUACAUUACUUUUGGAAUUUACAUUAGUUCAAAUCAACUAAUUCUGAUUGGCCAAUGGCAAUGAGAAGCUCGACUUGGAUUGCAGUAGGAAAAGGGUGUGGCCUAUGUUCUAUUUUAAAAUGAUUGAAGCGGGCAGCAAAAGGAAAUUCUGAUUUUAAAAAGUUGUUUCACAGGUAGGGGACGCAUUCUCGUCGACGGUCAAGUGGAAUAAUGCUGGACUGGAAUCGAACGGACGACGGGUAGGAUGUUCGGUGUUACUGCUGCUACCCGCUGCCGACUGAGCCAUCUUCGCAUUUUAUAAACGAGCGGCUAAAGCAUCAACUUGUUCAGGUCGAGGCACAGGCAGUGAGCCAGCGAAGUAUGAGAGCGAUAGAAAGAGAACCAAACAUAACUAUUUUUAGUUCGGGUAGUUUUGAAGUCAACGUUUGGCAGAAAUACAUUGGAUAUAUGAUUUACAUUAAAUAGGAAUUUACAGGAAGCCGAACGCGGGUAGAAAUUCAUCAGAUUUGAGUUUCCAUGCUCAACGUUUCCAUUAGAUUCAUGAUUUACAUUAGAUUUAGAUUUACAUCGGAGUAAUUUCCAUUACUUUUUGCUCAUUACAUCAUAUUUCAACAUUACAUUGAGUGAGUUUACAUAAGAAACAGCAUUUACGUGCUGUGUAAAUUUACAUAUUUUUUUCUGUGUGGAUCGAAGACUUGAAGGUGUCAUGGAAAGGCAAUCGUAAUCCCCGUUAAAAUUUGGCAAUUCAAUCUUGGGCAGAUGAACGCCAGCAUGCACUUUUGGUGCCCCAUCGUUAGAACCACACAGAAAAAAAUAUUCCUGUGAAUUUACAUUAUUUAUCAUGUACCAAAAGGUAUCAUGAUAAAUGAUGUAUAUUUACAUUAGGUUCAUCGGAAAUUUACAUUAGAUUCAUUGGAAAUUUACAUUAGUUUUGAAAAUUUACAUUAGUUUUGGAAUUUACAUUACUUUUGGAAUUUACAUUAGUUCAAAUCAACUAAAUCUAAUUAGCCAAUGGGAAUGAGAAGCUCGACUUGGAUUGCAGUAGGAAAAGGGUGUGGCCUAUGUUCUAUUUUAAAAUUAUUGAAGCGGGCAGCAAAAGGAAAUUCCGAUUUUAAAAAGUUGUUUCACAGGUAGGGGACGCUUUCUCGUCGACGGCCAAGUGGAAUAACGCUGGACUGGAAUCGAACGGACGACGGGUAGGAUGUUCGGUGUUACUGCUGCUACCCGCUGCCGACUGAGCCAUCUUCGCAUUUUAUAAACGAGCGGCAAAAGCAUCAACUUGUUCAGGUCGAGGCUCAGGCAGUGGGCCAGCGAAGUAUGAGAGCGAUAGAAAGAGAACCAAAUAUAACUAUUUUUAGUUCGGGUAGUUUUGAAGUCAACGUUUGGCAGAAAUACAUCGGAUAUAUGAUUUACAUUGAAUAGGAAUUUACAGGAAGCCGAACACGGGUAGAAACGAGGGGCGGGACAAUAGUAAAAAAUUAAAUAAUUUAAUUAAUUAACUGCCGAAAUUAAUUAAUUAACGAUUGUUGUUGGCGCUAGAAAAUUAAUUAUAGUAAAAAUUUGGCUUUAUAAGCAAAUCAUCAAUUUAAGAUUUCCUGAGCAGAAGAAUUGGCUAGAAUUAAUUGAAAUAUCAUAGAAAGUGAAAGCAGCAAACUCCGCGAAAUGUUUGAAAUGGAUGCAACGACAAAUCAGGUAGAAUGAAGGAAGGACGGAAACCAGUAGAACGCAGUUGCAUCAGAUAAGAAAAGGUCCCAAAUAGUUGACUUCCCGUGCGCACCUCAUGCACGCGUGGGUGCGUGGCUUGAUUUUAUAAUUAUUAGGCGUAGGAAACAAUAUUUGUCCCUUUCUAUCUUUAAGGAAGGAUAGAACUAAACAGUACAAAUGUUUUGAAAUGCAUUAGGAACUCUUUAGGACCCACAGAAAAAACUGUGUUUAGAGCUAGAUCUGAGAAAACGAAAACGAUGGAACCGAAAGAGUUACAGGAAGCAGGGAAUUCACACCCUGACAAGGCCACAUCAAAUCUCAUCCAAAUUCAGGAGAAAAAUUCAUUUACGACGGGACUAGAUAGGUUAGAUUUUCGGUUUAGAAAUUAUGUAACGCUAGGAGAACUUGUAGGAAUAAGACGACAUUGUACGAAUUAUUUCAAAUAAACCAAGUUCGGAGGUCAUCUCAAACCUGUGUAUUAAUCAUACUCAGUAUUGAACUCCUGUCUUCGAUUUUUGGGAAACCUACGGUUUCGACUCAUCCAACCUUGGUAGCGGCUUCAUCGAGAUCAUCGCCUAGGACUGCGGCAGUGUUCGACGUAAGUUUCCAGUAAUAAGAACGUUUCGAUUUUUCGACGUUUUUACAUGGUGGCUCCACAGGGAAGCUGGAGAGUGUCUGUUGAAAUCAGACACUUCGGAUCCCCGGACUUCCAACUAGUUGAAAUCUAGUUGUGAUUGUGAGUAUAAGCGUGUCCGACGCUAUAGAGCGGACUAGUGAAAAGUGUUCUUGAGCAGUGUUAGGCUCAGAGAAAAUUGUGGACGAAGUGUCGUCGAAGUGAUUCCUGAACUGUGUUAGAGUUCAGAUGAACUUAGUGUCGAGAAAGCUCGUCAGUGAAAUCCUGUGGACUUAAUCGCAGAAGAAAUCCUGAGCAAGAACUCAGAUGUUUUGAGAAGAUGUAAGAUCUCUCGUCUGGCAGUAAACGUGGAAGAAAAAUCAAUUCGCACGUUGAUCACUGUUCAAAUUGUGUGUGAGCCUGGAAACUAAAACCCAGAAGAAAUCUGUAUUAAUCCCAGAAGAAAAAUGUAUGUGUGCCUGAAAAUUUUACCCAGAAGAAAAUUUUAUGUGUGAGCCUGGACGUUACAACCAGAAGAAAUCUGUGAGUGAGCCUGGUCAUUAAAACCAGAAGAACAGUUUUAUCGGAAAUCGGAUAAGUGUUACCGAAGUUAUCCGUGUUAUGUUAGCCUAGGUGAAGACCUAGAAGAACUAAAAGUCGCAGAAGACUUGGUGGAUAACGGAUCUACCAGUGGAAGUCGCACACAAACGUGGACUUAGCCCGACGCGGGAAUUGUUCGUUGAACGUGAACAAAGUUUUUGAAUCCUGGAAAUAAUUCUAGAUGAACAUUUGGACGCAGUAAUUUGGCGUCAGAAGUUAGUUCGUGUGUACACAGCAAAGGUGUUGUGAGUGAUCCUGGAAAUCAAAACUCCAGAUGAAAUGUUAAAAGGAAGAAGCGUCUCCGGUGCUUAAAUCGGAAACAGUGCAAUUAAAAAAGGUAUCGUGCCAUAAGAAGCAGCUUAAUAGAGUGGAUCAUCGAGCGUUGAAAAGGAAUCAACGACGAGUGCAUCAACAAGCGACGUGUCCAACCAGCAACAUCCCAUCGAGCAUCAAGAAAGAGCAGCAACACAUCGAUCAUCUGAAAUUGUAAGGUAUUCGAAGGCAAAAUGGAUUUCAAGUUUGCUGAAAACAAGAACGGUAGUUGCCGUCAGUGUGAUAGUUCAGAUGAUGUCGAGGAAUUUAUGGUGUCUUGCGACAGUUGUGAUCGUAGAUUUCACAUAAAGUGUGUAGGAUUAGCUCGUACUCCUAGGUCAAAGGAUCAUUGGAAGUGUGUUAAAUGUUUAGCUAUUCAGGAAAUGUUAGAUAAACAAGAUGCUCUAAUUAAAUCUCUUGAAGAGAAGUGUAUGAAAUAUUUUGGAACACAACAAGUUGCACUAAAUUCAGAAACAAAUCAAAAUUUGCAAGUGAAAGCACUUGAAGCGAUUAUUGACAAAAUCAAUAGCAUUAACAUCUCUCAAACUUCUUCAAACAGUUUAGUGAUGCGGCAAUCUCUAAUGGAUUUGCCAGAAUUUGACGGGUCUUACAAAAUCUGGCCCAGGUUCAAACAAGCCUUUUACGAGACUACUCGUCAAGGUAAUUUUUCUGAUUUUGAAAAUAUUAAUCGAUUAAAUAAUUGUCUCAAAGGUGAGGCAUUAAGCAGAGUUAAUUCGUUACUCAUAAAUUCAAGUAAUCUGAACGAAAUAAUGAUUAAAUUAGAAGACCAGUUUGGCAGUGUCGAACGAGUCUACUCUGGGUUGUUAAACGAUGUUUUGGCAUUGCGUAACCCAAAGUUCGAGAAUCCUCAGUCCAUGAUAGAUUUUAUAUCUGGAAUUGGAGAUUUAGUAAUCAAUAUGGAGUGCUUGAAUCACCCUGAAUACUUGAAUGACCAGAGGCUAGUUCGUGAUCUUGCGAACAAGCUACCAGCUUCACUACACCAAAAGUGGCUGAUGAGUUUGAAUGAGGAGAAAAUAUUGGCGACUAAAGAGAACCCAUAUACCGCUCCUACAUUGAAAACACUUUAUGAGUGGUUAAAACCACAAGAAAAAUUAGCUAGUAUGCUGUUAGCCGAAAGAGGAGCUAGCAAAGAAAGUUCUGUUGAAACAGUUGACAGAGUAAAUUAUCAUGGAAUACAUCAGUUGAAGUGUUAUUUGUGUGAUCAAAAUCACAAGUUAAUUGAAUGCGAUGAAUUCAAGAAAAUAUCUCUUGUUGAAAGGAGAAAAUUUGUAGCAGAAAAGAAAUUAUGCUUUUCAUGUUGUCGCGCAAAUCAUUUGGCAAAACAUUGUAGAUUUGCAGAAGCUUGCAACACCGAAGGUUGCAAAAGUAAACAUAAUCGAUUACUUCAUUUAAAAAUUCCUGAAAAGAAAAUAAUCGUAGCUUCAAAACCUACAAAAGAUGAUUUUAAAAAGGUGAAUUGUCACGUAAGGGAUAGCAAUCAAGUUUACUAUCCAAUAAUACCAGUAACUUUGAUGAAUGGUGAAAAUAGUUUCGAGACAUUUGCAUUCUUUGAUUCAGGCUCCUCGGUCAGUCUCAUUGAUAAAAAUGUUGUUAAUAAGCUCAAAGUUACAGGAAGAGAUAAACCAUUAACAUUGGCUUGGACCAAUGGUGAAAUUAAAGAAAAUAACAGAAGUAAAUCUGUUCAAUUGAAUGUCAAAGGUCCCAAUGGAAAAUUGUUCCAAUUGAAUGACCUGCGAACCAUUAAAGGUUUAUCGCUCCCACAUCAAUCUGUGGACAUUGCACGUCUCAAGGCAAGAUUUUCUUAUCUUGAGAAUAGUAAGUUGGAAUCUUAUGAAAAAGCAGUGCCAACAAUAUUACUUGGAUUACCACAUGCAUUUUUGUUCAAGGGUAAUCAAGAACUAUCAGGAAGGUUCAAUGAACCAAUUGCAAGAAAAACCAAAUUAGGUUGGGUCUUAUUUGGAAGUAGUCAGAUUGAAGAUAAUAAAAAGGAACAUGUGUUCAUAAUUCGGGAAGUCCAAAAAGAAGACUUCAGUAAGAAUUUGGUAUCCAAAGAUACAAAUGAAAAUUGUCCUAAAGGUGGAACAAUAAAAGUUGAUCAAAGCUCUGAAAGAAAAGUUUUGACAAAAGAAAUUGAUAACAAAUUAAAUAUUUGUAAUGUGCAAACAAAAACAUUUGACGCAAUCAGCUCACAAGCUUGCGUACAAGUUACGAAAAAUAAAGAAGUCAAAAUAUACAUUGAAGAUAGUUCUAACUUAGUGGAACAGAAUUGGAAUAAUCAACUUGCAACAAAGGUUGCGAGAUACAGAGUUGUUAUGUGUCGCAAAGCAAACAAAGAAUUUGGAAAUUCAAAUUCCAAUUUAAAACUAAUGAAGCGAAAUUUCCCAUUGAAGGAAAUGGAAUUGUACAACACAGGUAAUAUACUCUGCAAGUUUAGGAAGAAAACUAAUUGCAAGUUGAAAAAUAAAGUAACCGCAAAUAGCGACGAAAUCAAUAAUUUAACAAAGAGACAAAACUUAUCUCAUGCUAUGGACGUUUAUGAUCGUCAAUCGAUUUCAUUCAAAAGUUUGAUGAAAAACUUAUGGAAAUCGAAAUAUAGUUGGGAUGAAUGCAUUCCAGAAAUAAUAAAAUUGAUACCGACAAACGGUUUCAACCAAAUGAUCGUAAAUGUAAAUUCAAAUGUGAAUUUAAUUAAAAUUGUUUCAAUUGAUAAUUUAGAGCAACAGGCUCAUGAUUUGGAAACAACAAAUGAAGUGCAAAUGUGCAAGUUAAUCAAACAAAGGGUUUGACUAGAAGAAUGAAUGAAACAAACUUAGACGCAAUUAGAAGACUAAUUGGCAAGCUGAAACUGAAAUUUUGAAGUAACUUUGUAUUAGGAUCAUAGAGCACGUCGACAAAUUAAUAUGAAGCAUUGAAGUUUUCAAUAAAGAACAAUUACAUAAAUUGUAACACAUUAUUAGAAACGAACAAGCAUAGGUUAAUAAUACAGAUCAUUAGCAUGAAAAUGAAUUAAGGCAUAAAUUGCAAAAACAAAAUAAGACUCAGAAAUUUACUAGCGUAGAAUCGAGUUUGUUUGGUAAAUCUAGGACGAUUUACGGGUCCCGGUAUGUUGGCGCUAGAAAAUUAAUUAUAGUAAAAAUUUGGCUUUAGAAGCAAAUCAUCAAUUUAAGAUUUCAUGAGCAGAAGAAUUGACUAGACUUAAUUGAAAUAUCAUAGAAAGUGAAAGCAGCAAACUCCGCGAAAUGUUUGAAAUGGAUGCAACGACAAAUCAGGUAGAAUGAAGGAAGGACGGAAACCAGUAGAACGCAGUUGCAUCAGAUAAGAAAAGGUCCCAAAUAGUUGACUUCCCGUGCGCACCUCAUGCACGCGUGGGUGCGUGGCUUGAUUUUAUAAUUAUUAGGCGUAGGAAACAAUAUUUGUCCCUUUCUAUCUUUAAGGAAGGAUAGAACUAAACAGUACAAAUGUUUUGAAAUGCAUUAGGAACUCUUUAGGACCCACAGAAAAAACUGUGUUUAGAGCUAGAUCUGAGAAAACGAAAACGAUGGAACCGAAAGAGUUACAGGAAGCAGGGAAUUCACACCCUGACAAGGCCACAUCAAAUCUCAUCCAAAUUCAGGAGAAAAAUUCAUUUACGACGGGACUAGAUAGGUUAGAUUUUCGGUUUAGAAAUUAUGUAACGCUAGGAGAACUUGUAGGAAUAAGACGACAUUGUACGAAUUAUUUCAAAUAAACCAAGUUCGGAGGUCAUCUCAAACCUGUGUAUUAAUCAUACUCAGUAUUGAACUCCUGUCUUCGAUUUUUGGGAAACCUACGGUUUCGACUCAUCCAACCUUGGUAGCGGCUUCAUCGAGAUCAUCGCCUAGGACUGCGGCAGUGUUCGACGUAAGUUUCCAGUAAUAAGAACGUUUCGAUUUUUCGACGUUUUUACAAUUGUUUUCGAUCAAAACAUCGUCACCUCUUUUUGCACCACAUUGAUUUGACAGUUUGACGGUUUGACAUUGCGCACGAUUGUUGUUGUGUUUGGUGCAAUUUGAUUGUCGCCGAAAAGUCGGUCUAAUGGGAGAAUGCAUUCUCCCGGUGGUGGCGGUCCAUCGUAAAAUCACUCCGGUGGACAUUCCGGCGGCGGAAAAGGCUGGUUCUACAACCACAACCAAGGUGGUUGCCACAAAAAUCGCAACGGAGUUGGCGGUGGUGGACACCCGGAUCAGCAGCAGGAGAUGUUUCUCCAGAUAAGCGUUUGAUUGCGGCAGGAGAUUGUGACUUCGAUUUUCCGAGAAGGAGGUCAGCCAUCCUGUCGGCAAACCUGGUUCGAUGAUAACUUCAACGAUGAUGUUUCGCAGCAGCACCACCACCACCACUACCAGUAAAGGAGGGGUAACUGGAACAAUGGUUCUCGGGUGGUCCUAGAAUUUUCGUGAUAACCGUCAGCCGAAGAACGACCCUGACGGUCAACGGGGUCGGAUGUGGAAGAGGUCAGUCUGCUCCGAAAACGCGCCAACGAGCCGAACGACCUUCUGCUGGACGAGUGCUGCAUCCUCCCGAACCGGGUGCGCAUCCCCCAGUUGCAGUCAGGCAUCGGGAACGAAACGUUCAAGUUCAGUCCGGAGAUUCUGAAUAUCGAGAAUAAUGUCUUCGUCAGAUCGGAAAACGCCCCGGUAGUUAAAGGUACUCAACGACCGCUCGAAUAUCGCAUCACGGUGGCCAGAAUAUGGUGAAUGAAAUUGCUUUGAAAUAUAAACUAGGUUUUAAAAUAACUUGUAUUUAUUUAUAACAAUGGGACAAUCGCGUACGCUUCGUACUCCCCGGAUCGGUUCAGCCUGCCACGAUGGUGUUGCAUCUUUUUCUGGUCUUGCUGGUAAUUUUGCAGUUUUUGGGCUGCUGCUGACCGGGAUUCUGACCCUGCUGCUGCUGUUGAUGAUAACGGUGCUGAUUCAACACCGGAUGAUUUUGCUGAACCUCCUGAACCAGCCGCUGCACAGUGGGCGAAAUGGAACCCAAAAUCGGACUUAAUUGAACGCGGCUGGUUCCCUGGUAUGAAAAAUAGUGUUUCUUAUGUAAAAAAAUCCGGGUAAUCGAUUGGUGAUGGUUUCAUCCACCGCACGAAACGGCAAAGGGUCCAUUUUGCCCAAAUUCCCUAUUUUUUACAUUUUUUCUUGAAAAUCGGUCUGUAUUUAGAGCGGAGGCUUUAUGCGGCCAUCCAAAAUGCACUUAACUUAUGUGAAAAUGUCCCAGGAAUCCAGUAAAAAUAUCCACUUGCACCGCAAAAAUCAUCUAGGGUCCAAUUAACCCCAAUUCCGCUAUGAAAGCAUUUUUGGCCAUUUUCAUAUGUUAGGUCAGAUUUUAAAAAUCUGAAAAUAUUUUUAUCGUAAAGAUCAGACAAUUUUACAUAAGAAAGACGAUUUGCACUUGAUAGUUUGACACAUUUAUGUUGAUAUAGAAAUUAAACUAAAUAAAAAGAUUGAAGAAUCAAUUUUGGGCCAAUUUUGUCAAACGCAGAAUAAACUGCCUUUUACAUAAUUUUUAUUUUUAUCAACAUAAAUGUGUCAAACUAUCAAGUGCAAAUCGUCAUUCUUAUGUAAAAUUGUGUGAUCUUUACGAUAAAAAUAUUUUCAGAUUUUUAAAAUCUGACCUAACAUUUGAAAAUGGCCAAAAAUGCUUUUAUAGCGGAAUUGGGGUUAAUUGGACCCUAGAUGAUUUUUGCGGUGCAAGUGGAUAUUUUUACUGGAUUCCUGGGACAUUUUCACAUAAGUUAAGUGCAUUUUGGAUGGCCGCAUAAAGCCUCCGCUCUAAAUACAGACCGAUUUUCAAGAAAAAAUGUAAAAAAUGGGGAAUUUGGGCAAAAUGGACCCUUUGCCGUUUCGUGCGGUGGAUGAAACCAUCACCAAUCGAUUACCCGGAUUUUUUACAUAAGAUAC